AUGGAUCCUGGGAUUUCCAAGCUCCUGAGUGUGCCGGCGGGCGGAACGCUAAGUUACUCAACGGAUGGUACGGUGACUAGGGUAUCUGUGUUGUGUAACACUGGAUACAGUUUGAAUGGUGCAAGGAAUCUUACAUGUCGAGCAGAUGGAUCUUGGAAUCUCGAACCUGGAGUGUGUGAGUGUGAAGAACCACCCGUUUUAAACCUCGGAAGUUUUAACAUAUCUGUGGAUGGGCUAAUGGUGACUUACAGUUGUGAAGUGGGUAGCUCCAUGUUCGGCGAUACUUCACAGAUGUGUGACACCGCAGGGGCAGGCUGGCUGGGAGAACAGCCGGAGUGUUCUACAUGCGAUCCAUUGGGCUCUGUUCAAAACGGAACAUACCACUUUACCACUAAUGGUGAGGCGACAUUGGCGACUUUCACUUGCGAUGUAGGAAACACUGUAUCCGGAGUAUCCGUCACCACCUGUCUCAGCGAUGGCUCUUGGGAUCUGCAAGUGCCAACCUGUGUGUAUUGUCCUGAAAUUGCCGCCUUGGCAAAUGGAAGUUAUAUCGUGAGUACGAACGGAACUGAUACUAUAGUUGACUAUCGGUGCGAUGUGGGCUUCACACUUGCCGGUGUUUCAUUUUCGUCUUGCCAGUCAGAUGGACAGUGGUCAAAUCAAUCGCCAGUUUGUGUCCCGUGCUUAGAGCUGGCAAGUAUCCACAACGCCGACAGGGUCAUCACUACAAACGGAACAACUACGACUGUUAAUUUUUCGUGUAUGGAUAAAUAUACUUUGGUUGGAGAUGAAGAUCUGAUUUGCAUGACUGAUGGGUCAUGGCAAGGAGCAACCCCGACAUGCGUGUGUUCAUCAUUCCAAUCUCCCUUGAACGGCGAUCUGAAGAUCUCGGAGAACGGAACAGGCGCCACAUAUACCUGUGCAGAGGGAUUCUCUCUCAGUGGAGAGGCACAACAAGUCUGUGAAACUGUUGAUGCUCAGCUUGCCGGCAACGACCCACCGACUUGUGUGGGGUGUGCGACGCUCCAAGCAACCAACGCAUUUACUAAUGCCAGUACGGAUGGGUUGACGACCGUCAUGGAAUUUACUUGUGAUGUCGGUUACACUUUGGUCGGGUCAUCUAGUACACAGUGCCGUAGCGAUGGUUUAUGGACAAAUGACCCGCCUUCUUGUGUGUCAUGCCCGGGCCUUUAUGCAACAGAGGGAGCAGUGUUAGAGCAGAUUUAUAGAGGCGGUGUUACAAUUGCCAGCUUUAGUUGUAACCUUGGGUACAGCAUUCUUGGAUCCUCCAUUCUGACAUGUCGUACGGAUCAGACUUGGGAUUUCCAGACACCCUCAUGUGUGCAAUGUCCAAGCCUUGUUGAUCCUGCAAGCGGCAGCGUCGACGUAAGCACUGACGGAUUAACCAUGGAAGCUGCAUUUGUGUGUGCGUCUGGAUAUUAUCUCGAGGGAGCUGAUGUAAUUUUGUGCAAUACGUCUGGACUAUGGAGUGAAGAUAGUCCUGUUUGCAAGUGCGUUAUGCCAACUAGCAUUUCAAACGGCGCUUACCAGGUAAGGGAAAACGGCAGUGUGCUCGAGUACUCGUGUAUUGAGGGGUAUACACUUUCUGGAAUGACCGUCAGGACAUGUAGUGAUUCCGGGGAUGGCUGGUCAGACUCUAGUCCUUCAUGUAUAAAAUGUGGUGAUCUGGCAUCGCCAGACUCGGGUAAUGUAUUAUUAAGCACGAAUGGUACCGUCACACACGUGCAGUAUUUCUGCGAUGUCGGCUACUCAGCAUCUGGCGUCAGCGAGUCCAGAUGUCUUGAAGAUGGAACGUGGGAGCUAUCUGAUCCUCCUACAUGUGUACCAUGUGACCCACUAGAAGACAUGGUGAACGGGAGCGUUUCUUAUACCACCAAUGGUACUGAAACAGCUCUCACUAUCGAAUGUGAGUUGGGGCAUACUCUGAGUGAUAAUGCCAUCGUUUCCUGUCAGCCAGACGGCACAUGGACAACCGGACUUCCUCAGUGUGUGUAUUGUUCCUCGCUUAACGACCCCAAGAACGGCUUUUCGGAUUCGUUUAAUGAAGACAACCAGGCGAAAGUAUCAUUCAGUUGUGACAGCGGUUACACCCUGAUUGGACAGUCGACAAUUACCUGUCGUCCGGACGGAACGUGGUCGGAUGAUGCACCCUCUUGUGAAUGUGAGGUGUUCAGUUCACCACAGAACGGGAACUUGACAAUUUCCACGGACGGCACUAAGGCUAGUUACACUUGUGGGGAAGGCUUCACACUGACGGGAGACACUACAAUAGAUUGCAUUACAGCAAUAACAACCCCAGACUAUACACCUCCAUCUUGCACUCUGUGCGAUCCGCUAUCAACUACCGCAGCAAUUGCAUUGGCCUCCGACGAAACUGUGACUUCGGCGACAUUUUCAUGUGAGGUUGGGGCUACGUUAGUUGGUGCAAGUAUCGCCACUUGUCGAAGUGAUGGAACAUGGAACACGUCUCCUCCAACAUGCGUUACGUGUGCGACAUUAGGCACCGUAUCUGGGGGCACAGUGGAGCUACAGGCGUCCGGGACGACAACAACAGCGGUUUUCACUUGCGAGACGACACAUGCCCUAUACGGAGCGGCUAAUCUCACAUGCCGAGACGAUGGAUCGUGGGACUUUCAGCAACCAAUAUGUGUUUCCUGUCCUGCCUUGGAUACACCAACAAGUGGCUUUGUCAACGUUACAACGGAUGGAUCUAACCCUGUUGCAAUGUUCACAUGUGCCAGCGGUUACUUCAUUGACGGCAGAUCCAGCCUCGCAUGCCAGGCAGAAGACGGUCUGAGUGCACUCUGGGACUUCUAUCAACCUCUGUGCAAAUGUAACCCAUCCGGUCAGAUAUCCAAUGGGUCGGCGGUAUUGUCGGCAGACGGCAUGUCGGUGACAUACACUGGUGACACUGGCUUCACGCUCAAUGGCGCUGGAAUUAGGUCUUGCAACACCGACGGGACAGGCUGGACUGGCACAGAACCAAGCUGUGUUUCUUGCCCUGAACUGACCACUCUUUCGAACGGGGAUAUAACCCUGGUUACGAACGGCUCAGUGACGUCCGUUGAAGUGGCAUGUGAUGUCGGUACAUCUGCCCGUGGAGAAGACAUGCUUGUGUGUAAUCCGGAUGGUACAUGGAAUGCAAGUCUGCCUGACUGCGUGGAAUGCCCUGCUCUCACACUGGACAGUCAUGGAAGCGUUAAUGUAACCAGCACUGGUACCAUUAGCGAAGGCGCGUUUUCGUGUGACGUCAAUUACACGAUGGCUGGUACCGAGCGUCUGACAUGUCGGGAGGACGGAACAUGGUCAGCUACGGAGCCAGCGUGUGUUGCAUGUUCUGCCAUUGAUACGAUCCUGAACGGUCAUAUUACAAUUACCACAAAUGGGAGUUUAACUUCAGCUGCGUUUUCAUGUGAGGACGGAUAUAGUUUGGCUGGCUCGGAAAUAUUGGAAUGUAACUCCUCCGGAAUAUGGGACAAAUCCAUACCUAAGUGUGAGUGUGACCGGUUUGUUUCCCCCACCAAUGGCAACAUGACGGUGUCAGCUGACGGAUCCCAAGUAUCAUACACCUGCGAUGUCGGUUUUUCCCUCCAGGGUGUUCCUUCUCAAGAAUGUAUUCUUGCAACAUCUGGCUCCUCCGUCCAGCAGCAGCCUUCUUGUGUAAUAUGUGGAACAUUGUUUUCAACGGCUGGUCUUGAGGUUAUACAGUUUACGGACGGUGAACGAACGUACGCCGAGUUUAAAUGCGAUCCUGGUUACACAAUGAGCGGGAAGACAAUCAUUAGCUGUCGCUCCGACGGCACAUGGAAUGCCAGUCAGCCUACAUGUGAGGUUUGUGAAACAUUGACGCCCCCGUCUGUCGGUGAUGUAUCGAUAAUGACAGACGGUGAGAUGACCUCUGCCAAUGUGACCUGUCCGGCAGGGUUUGUGUUGGACAGCAGUGGAACCCUUAACUGCAGAGCUGACGGAACCUGGAACUUCGACGUACCUGAUUGUGUUUGUGAACCUCCGCCGUCUCUGCAAAAUGGGGAAACAAUCAUCUCUGCAGAUGGGCUUACGGCUAGGUAUUCCUGUCAGUCAGGCUACAGUCUCUCAGGUCCAACCACGAGAGUCUGCCAAAGUGACGGUACUGCUUGGACUGACGAGGAUCCCUUUUGUGUUCAAUGUGAGGAACUGCACCUUGGGAGUAACAUGAACGUGACCUUAGUGACAAGUGGUGUGAUCAGUCAAGCCGUUGUAUUAUGUGACCCGUGGUUUACCCUCGCCGACAGCCAAAACGUCACCUGUAGCUCUAACGGAUCAUGGAAUAUCCACCUUCCGACAUGCGUACGCUGUGAGCAGCUGCAGGUUGGAACAGGCCUGUCGUACAAGGUAACGACAAGCGGCUCCCUCUCUGUAGCAGAAUACACAUGUGCCAGCGGGUACACGCUAGAAGGAGCAACGAGCAGCACCUGCCUCCGUAAUGGCUCCUGGGACAGCGUGCCGCCAUCAUGUGCCCUGGCUGUGUCCACAGUGGGUCCAUGCGAGGCGACGACGACCGAAUGCAACAGCGGAGCCGCCAUCGGUCUAGGAGUAAUGUUUGGCCUGGCGCUCAUUGCCGCGGUAAUCCUAGGAUACUUUGCCUGGAGGUACUGGCGACUGUGGAAGGGCGUCGGGGGAGGCAAGUCUGGCAUGUACUCGAAAGCUACCCAGCCUCAAAUAACCACCUCACCUGACGGAAACUGGAUAUUCAGCGAUAUUGACAAAGGAACGAUAUCGCCGUCCAAAGCUCCAGUCAGUCAUGAACGCCAUGUAACCGACAUGGGUCGAGCUGAGUCCUCGCUUGCUCCGCUCUCUGAACAGAGAGAAAUAACAAUGAGCAGUAUUAUGACGCCAUCGCCGGGUCCCCUAAGCACACGCAAUAUUGAGUUCCAGCGCCCUCCAGCUGGCGUUUUCGACCGCCGCUCACCGCCAGGAUUUUCCGCUGUCAGAUCGAGGGAGUCAACAUUUGAUUCCUUUUCGGCACUACCGCAACAGGUUUUAACACACAGGGACAAUUCAUCCCUUCAAAAAAGAAAAACCGCUGUGGAGGUGCCUAAGAUUAAGAUAGACGCCGCCAGCGUGAAGAAAAAAGACCGGGAAAUAAUGGCACGGCAGUCGCCACUAGGGAGCGAGGGUGGCCGUUUGUCGCCUUUCGUUCCUAUCCAGGAAGCCACGUAUAGGGACGGAAGCCCACUACCGGAACAGAUUCUUACACCUCGAGACGAGGAGACAUUAAAGGCAGAAUCGAGGCGUAAGCAUACAGACCCAACUAAACAACCAGUCGCUCAAGUUCGGCGUCCCCGGAAGAAAAUGAGUGAUCUGAUCGACAAGGACGCAAGUCUCCGACAUGUUUACCGGUCACCUUCGCAAAGUCACCACACAAUCACACAGCUAGACCAUGACAUACCCGAAAUGGACGUUUAA